GACAUAUUUGUUGUGUGAUUAUUUCGGUCCCGCUGGAGAAAUGUCACACAGCAGCCUCUAAGGGACGCUAUUGGCUUGCACAUUACUUUGCUCGGAUUGUCGUCAUGCACAGUCCUCCCUCCAAGUGACGAGGCACCGAAGGAGGCUUUCUCUCUUUUGUUGGCGCUGAAGGCGAUUGACAGAAUAACCUUCUCUUCUUCACGUUUGCAAGUAAAUGUUGAUCUAGUUGAUGGAAAGAGGGAACGGAUUAUUUACCAGAAGACAGAAUUACUCUCAUUUUAUUUUUUCCGCAAUGGAUUCUCACGGACGUCUCCCUUUUUCAUGCGCAAUAUGGAGGUUGUUUAACGGAUGGCGACCACAAAUGACAAUGUUGUUGUUUUUGCUUCAUUUGGUUACCACGGUAGGUGGUCAGAUUCGUUAUUCUAUCCCGGAGGAGAUGAAGAAAGGCUCGGUGAUCGGAAAUGUGGCGCAAGAUCUUGGUUUGGAUGUGAAACGGCUGCGUUCAGGGCGGGCCCGAAUCUUGACGGAAGACAACAUCCAGUACGCCGAGCUGAAGACAGACAAAGGGCUUCUCGUCGUCAAUGACAGAAUAGACCGGGAGCAGCUUUGUGGAGAUGUGACGCCAUGCAGCUUCAGCUUUGAGGUCAUUCUAGAAAACCCGAUUGAACUGCACAGAAUCAUUGUUGAGGUUUUGGAUAUAAAUGAUCAUGCUCCCGUAUUUGCACAUAAAGAUAAAGCUCUGGCAUUAGAAAUAAGUGAAUCUGCCACAGUAGGAGUGCGGUUUCCCCUGCAGGGUGCAGUGGAUCAGGAUGUGGGGCAAAACGCAUUGCAGAAUUACAUUUUGUCACCAAACGACAAUUUUAUCCUGAAUCAGCAUGCAAAUCCAGAUGGCAGUAAAUAUGUUGAAAUGGUGCUACAGAAGCCUUUAGACAGAGAGAGACAUCCCCGUUUGUCUCUAAAAUUAAUUGCAGUGGAUGGAGGAACACCACAGAGAUCAGGUACCGUCAAUAUAGAAAUAAAUGUUCUAGAUGCAAACGACAACGAACCCGUAUUUAACCAAUCAACAUAUAAGGCUACUGUUAUGGAAAACGCAAUGAAAGGAACCAGUAUAAUUACUGUAAAUGCUACAGAUGCUGAUAGUGGUUCUUAUGGCCUCAUUACUUACAGUUUGUCUAUAAUGAAAGGAAGUGUUGCAAAUCUAUUUAAUAUUAAUGAAAACACAGGCACAAUUUAUGUGUCUGGUCAAAUAGACUAUGAAAAGGACAGGAAGUUUGAAGUCAGGGUAGAAGCCAAGGAUCAAGGUGGGCUGACUGGGACCAGUAAAGUUAUACUUGAUGUUAUUGACAUAAACGACAAUGCUCCCAUUAUUAAUGUAAAAUCAUUUUCAAGUCCUCUACCUGAAGAUUCACCUCCUGGUACAACAGUUGCAAUUUUAAACAUAAAAGAUGCAGAUUCAGACAGAAAUGGACAAAUACAAUGUAAAAUAGAUGGAAAACUUCCCUUUAAGAUUGAGCCAUCUCUUACCAAAUAUUACAAUUUAAUCUCAGAUCAAUAUUUUGAUAGAGAGUCUGUUUCGGAAUAUAACAUAACCAUUACAGCCACUGACCUUGGGACACCUCCUCUUUCUAGUUCAACAAAGUUACAUCUUAGAAUCUCAGACAUAAACGACAAUGCACCAUUAUUUGAUCAAAAGAUUUAUUCUGCUUAUGUCUCAGAGAAUAAUUCUCCUGGUAUUUCCAUAUUUGCUGUCACUGCCAGAGAUGCUGACUGGAACCAAAACGCCAGAAUAUCUUAUCUUUUAGACGACACGCAGAUAAGCGGCAGUCCCGUUUCUACCUAUGUUUCCUUAAAUGCAGAAACUGGCGUUCUUAGUGCAGUUCGAUCAUUUGAUUAUGAGCAAAUCAAACAUGUGGACUUGGUGGUCCGAGCUCAGGACGGAGGCUCUCCUCCUCUCAGCAGCAACGUGAGCGUCCGAAUCCUGAUACAAGACCAGAACGACAACGCCCCUCAAGUCCUGUACCCGGUCCAGACGGGCGGCUCGGUGCUGGCCGAAAUGGUGCCUCGUUCAGCAGAUGUGGGCUACCUGGUGACUAAAGUGGUGGCUGUUGAUGUGGACUCUGGACAGAACGCCUGGCUCUCCUAUAAAGUGCACAAAGCCACAGACAGGGCGCUGUUUGAAGUGGGCCUACACAAUGGAGAAAUAAGAACUGUCCGCCAAGUCACUGAUAAAGAUGCUGUCAAACAAAGACUGACUGUUCUAGUGGAGGACAACGGGCAGCCCUCUCGUUCAGCUACAGUCAUUGUUAACGUGGCGGUGGCGGACAGCUUCCCUGAAGUGCUGUCAGAGUUCACUGACUUUAGCAUGCACGACAAGGAGUACAAUGACAAGCUGACUUUUUACUUAGUCUUGGCUUUGGCUGUGGUCUCCUUCCUCUUCAUCACCUGCUUGCUGCUUAUCAUAUCGGUCAAAGUGUACAGGUGGAGACGGUCUCGCAUCCUGUACCACUCCAACCUCCCUGUCAUUCCGUAUUAUCCGCCACGUUACUCGGACACUUUGGGGACGGGGACUCUCCCGCACGUGUACAAUUACGAGGUGUGCAGGACCACCGACUCCAGAAAAAGCGACAUGAAGAACAUGCAAGGGAUGAGUCAAAGUUUAGUGAGCGUGGAUGGAGCUGAUGCUGAUACACCGCAUGUGACCAAGCAGCUGUCAGGGAACUGUUCCCAGAUGUCAACUUUGGUGAGUCCCAUGCUUUUAUAGUCCUUUCUUUGGUAUCUUACACAUGGAAGACCCAUGUUUCGUGUUCUUGCUGGCCUUUUGGUUUGGCUUUUGUGUUUUACAGUACAUGACCCAUUGCAUCCAGGAUUCUCCUGUAAAUACUGUAAACACAUCCCUCACAUCCCUUUACUUUCCCACACCAACACACUCUUAACUUUGUAUCACUUUAAACUGUGAGGAGUGCUCUGUUUUUAUACUAACUCAUGACUCAGAUGGGUUAAGUGACAAUAACACUUCUAGGAUUAUAACAUGAACAGGGGCCACGCCAUUA